AUGCAUAUACCUGAAACAAAGUUGCCUAUUUGCAGUUUUGCCAGUCGAAAAUCGGAAAAUGUUUUACGCACAGAAACAUUGCCCGUUAUCCGUGGUCGUUUUGCCGGUGCUUCACGAGAGGCUGCAGCUGCAGGGCCAGUAGGAGCAGAAAUGGGGGGCCGAGCCGGGUGCAGAGGGAGUAGGGAAAAUAGGGGUAUUUGGGAGCAAUUUUUGAACGGAAGAGAUUGUGCACUGAGCAAAGGAAAACGCUCACACGAAGAGAUCGAUACCGGUCUACACGGCAAAUGGGAAGCAAAGGCAACAAUAGAUGAGCAUUAA